AUGGCAGUGGAAAAUUUCCAGGUUCCCUUUACAAAGUUGAACUCUGCAAAUUACGUGCAGUGGUCUAAGAGGGCUCAAGUCUGGUUGGAAGCCAAAGAAGUGUGGGCUGACUAUGUCCAGAGGCGAAAGCCGUUUGUGGCUGUUGCAGCAGAUGCCACAGCAGAGCAACAGGCUGCUGCACAUGCUCAGAAUAGGGAACAUGAUAAAAUGGACACUAAAGCUAGAUGCAUGUUGAUGGUAUCGAUAGACGAUUCCCAAUUACCUCAUGUGGAAAAUUUAAGGUCUGCAUUUGAAAUUUGGGAAGCUCUUAGGCGAAUUCACCAUAGAGCCACGCCCGGAGAGAAGGUGAACAUUAUACGUGCUUUGUAUGAGUUGAAACUGAAGCCAGGGGAUAGUGUGGUUGAACACACGUCACAGAUGACUGAGUAUUUCAACCGACUGUCAUCUUUAGGUGUGAAUUUUCCUGAAAAUAUUAAAGUUUAUACUCUGCUUAGCAGCCUGCAUGCAGGGUUUGAAAACUUAGUACUAACUUUACAGGUUUUGCCAGAGGACCAGCUGAAUAUGAAUUAUGUGACUGGUAGAUUGUGUGAGCAAGAAUAUCAACAUCAUCGAAAACGUAUUGAUAAUUCAAAUACCCCAAGGGUUGGGUGUUCAGAUAAUUCCCAGCGUGGGGAAACUAGCAGGCAGAGCUGUAAGGAAGCCUCACAAGUGUCUGCUAUGGCCAGCAAGUCAUGUUUUCGAUGUGGCAGCAGGUUUCAUUUGAUAGCAAAGUGUCCAGAAAAGCAACAGGAAUUUCAACAGUCCAGGGCCAGUUUCCGGAGCUACAGGGGAAGACGACGUGAGAACUACAAGAAUCAACGAUCCAGAGGGGAGCAGGUGCUGAUAAGGGACUAUCUGCAAUGGCAGCACAAAAGAGUCCUAAAAGGAGCCAACAAACCUUGA